AUGGAGCUUUGUUUACUGACUUUCAGGAUAUACCAGUAUAUUCAGAGUAGAUUUUAUCGCUCUCCUGAGGUACUGCUGGGAAUGCCGUAUGAUCUUGCCAUCGACAUGUGGUCCCUAGGAUGUAUUCUGGUGGAGAUGCAUACUGGAGAACCAUUAUUUAGUGGGUCAAAUGAGGUUGAUCAAAUGAACAAAAUUGUGGAGGUGCUUGGAGUUCCUCCCAUGCAUAUGCUAGACCAGGCACCUAAGGCACGGAAGUACUUUGAUAAACUAGCUGAUGGAAUCUGGACCAUUAAGAAAAAUAAAGAUCUCAAAAAGGAGUAUCGAGGACCUGGAACUCGGAGACUUCAUGAAAUUCUGGGAGUAGAGACAGGUGGGCCUGGUGGGAGAAGAGCAGGAGAACAAGGACACUCUCCGUCAGACUACCUGAAAUUUAAGGACUUGAUACUUCGAAUGUUGGAGUAUGAUCCAAAAAAUAGAAUUGCCCCUUUCUAUGCACUUCAGCAUAACUUUUUCAAAAAAACAACUGAUGAAGGGACAAACACCAGCAACAGCAAUUCCACCAGCCCUGCCAUGGACCAUAGUCAUUCAACCAGUACCACUAGUUCAGUGUCUAGUUCAGGUGGAUCAAGUGGCUCUUCCAAUGAUAACCGUAACUACCGGUACAGGUACUACAACAGUGUGGUUACACAUACAGAUUACGAAAUGCAGAGUCCACAGGCUCACUCCCAACAGCAGAUGAGGCACUGGGCUGGAGGAGAUGUUCCAAUGACAAACAGUGAAAAUUAUACUCAGCUUGCACCUCAUAAACCAGUUCCCAGUUUGCAGCCACAGCUACAUUACCAUGGAAAUGAACAACACCAGUCUCAUCAACUCUUCCACCAUGGAAAUACUCGUUCGCAUUAUCAUCGGCAGCUUUUGCCUUCCUCCUCCUCCUCUUCAUCUCCCCCACAAAUCCCCGAGUCCAUGGAACUGACUUUGGGACCUAGACAUCCCCAGUCUUCCACCACCAUGCAUUUACACCAUUCAAAUCUGGACUGCACACAGUUUGGCUCUUCGAACUUACAUUUGGGGCUGUCUGCCUUUCGGACUAGGACAGUAGGAGGAGGGCAUGCCCCUGAUAGCAAUGUGCCAGUGAACUACCCUUAUUCUAGUAAUGCGCCUAGCAUAAUGGGGGCCACCCAUAUCCGGAACAGGACGGAAUCUGAAGAACCAGCCAUUUUAGGAGUUUGCGUCCCUCAGAGUACAGCAGCAAGUUCUUGAUGAUUCUUUAAUUUAAAACUAAAGCCAUAACAAUGUUAGUACGUCCCACUUGGGAGGGCAGUAAGGGAGAUGGGAAGGGGUUUUGAGGGGAGAGUUGUAUCUGAAAGUGUUUAAAAUGUUGGUCUAGUUGUUAAUUGUAAAUUGUUUAUUAUUUAUUAAGAAUCACUACAUGAGGUGUGCGAGACGUGUGUUGAAAAUGAGAAGCAGUGUUCACAAGCCUCUCUCAAACAGCUCAUUGACUUUUAAUUUACAAAAGUUUUUCUUUAUAUAUUAUAUAUUUUUUUUAACCUGCACACAGUUUAAACCUGAUAUCUGCAAGGACUCUUAACCUACAGUAUUUUCAAUGCUUCCAUUUUCUUUCUUCUCUUACUGGUCUAAUAAAUCAGAACUGUCAGGUCUACUCUACGCCAAAUGGACACCAUUGCUGGCCAGCUCUUCUAACUGCAAGCUGCUCGUUGUCUCUGCAAGUUGCCCAGCACUGCCAUUAUAUAUUCACAUGUAUUGUCUGUGUCCUGCCUCAUGACAACUUGAUGGGCGCAAGUUUUUUUUCCUACUUCACUGGAUUAAUCCUGGCUGCUAACUCCAUUCUCACAACUGGAAUUGCUGCUAAUUUAACAGUUUGCUUUAGAAAGUGAAAGUCCCUUUGUCCCAUACUUUCUUCUGAAAAUAGAAAAUAUUUCUGCUCUUUAGAAAACAACACAGAAAGCCUUUUCUUUACUAAAUGCUGCAGAAAUGUUUAUUGUGGUGGUUAUUGCUUCCUGGUUCCAGGGUGGGGGGAAGAUAUCUUAGUUUUGUCUGACACUACAUUAACAAUGGGUGUUGACUACGUUUUUAACCAAGUGCUUUCCCAGCUGCCACUUACAUUCUCAUUUUGUCUUGGCACACCUUCAUGAGGCCAGUGAAUGACUGUCCUUUCAUGACUCUUAAUUCAUUAUUAAAGUUUUAGUCAUACAUGCAGUGCUUGGGUUAGAUUUUGUUCUUUAGGUGUUGUUAAAUGCAUGUGUUUGUAUGCAUGUAUGCGAGUAUGUUUAAAAUGAGUACGCAUUUAUUUUUGUAAUAUGGAUUAGGAAAAAAAAUGUGCUGUGAUUUUGGAGAAUUUGAUUCAUACAGUUCAGUACCUACAUAAAAUAAUACUACAUUGGCUGUUCAUUUAUAGACUGGCCUUUAUUUUCCAGCACAAGAAUGUGUGAUUACUGAAGCUCAACUGGAAUUUCAUCAGGAAGUGAUGCUAUCAGUAUUUGUUGGGUGACUGAAUUUUGGAAGUCACAGUACAUUGUUUAUCUUAUCCAUAUACAAUGUGUAUUUAUGUUUGUGUGUGUGUAUAUAUACACACAUAUAUAUAGAUGUAUAUCUUUAUGUAUGUGUAGUAUAUAAAUCGCAUGCAAGCUUGUAGUACAUAUGUGCUUGUAAACAUACAUAUUCAUGCAUACACAAAGCACAUGAAUGAAAAAAGAUCAGGUAUGACUGUCUAGUUUAUCUUUACCUGUGGAUUGAUGCUAUGUUACUCAUUUUCAUUUGUGCACCAAAAGUGGUUUUUAAGGCAUCACUGAAAAAAAUCAGAAAGGGGAGGAAAACAGCCCUGCACUGUGUUUAAAAAGUCACUUAGUUUUUAAGGUAUUUAUAAAUAUAUAUAUAUUUUUGUCUUUAUAUUUUAAACAUGUAGAUAAAAAGUACAGUUCAGAUUUUAAAUCAUAUGCAGCUCUCUGACAUAAUGGCCUUUCCUUCAGCGUAAAUAGCUUUUCCAAGUUUUUUGGGAGUGGGCUUUUCUUUUGGGGGGGGUGCAUAAAUAGAUGGGUGGAUGAGAGAGAUGACGUGGCAGACAGCUUCAUAAUUUACUUAUCACAACCUGUUAUGUAAGACGUUUACAGUUCUCCACACAUUCUGUUUGUAUGAAACCAGUUCAUCUGUGCAUUCUGAAAUUUUAUUAAUCAUGUGACUCAGGUGGCUAGUUAUUAAUAAAGGAUAUUUCCAUCA